UUCGCAGAGUGCUGUCGCACUUUGUGUAGCUGUUUACGGCUGCUGCUACUGUUUAUGAUGAUGUUCAUGCAUACGAAGUAGAAGAGAGAAAAAAGUAAACAACUUUACAGAAUUUUCUGCGCAUAAAUAAUUGUAUGUGACUUUAUCUAAUGAACACAUUUAGUGUUCUCUGAUUCUUAAUAUCAUUAUUUUAUUGUUGUUGUUGUUGUUGUUGUUGUUAUUUUUUGUUUCAUUUCUGGUCUGCCUUCGGCUUUCAACAUGGUAUUCGAGCAUCAGCUCAUUUUCAUUCUCAUUCGCAUUACUUUGCCGAUUCCGAUUAAUUUAUGACAUUAUCAUAAAAACUAAAAACUUACGACGCGAACGGCGGUGCAACAACAUUUAUUCUGCAAUCACGUACGUUGUGUGUGGAAAUACGAACGAACGAUUGAAAUUAAUGAACAAAGAGAGCGAAAACAAGACAUAAAGAUCGCCCACUCACAAAAAUGUUCAUUCGCUUUUUCCAUAAGCGUAACAUGCUCAUGCCAAGAGCACGAACAAAAUUUUGUGUUGUUCUUGUUGUUGUUGUUGUUGUUGUUGUUGUUGUUGUUGUUGCUGCUGCUGUUGCUAUUUUUUUAUUCUCUUCUCCCGUUCAUUUUAUUCUUCGUUUUAGUUAAACAAAUAGAAAGAGACCCAAAGAGACGCGAUAUUAUUUUGAAACACACACAGAGUGUAUGUACUCUUUUAUUUGGAGUGAUAUUUCAACAGAGUUAUAAAAAACAAGGGGCAAUAAAUGCAUUAGGCGGAGAAUUCAAGCACACUCAGCACAACUCACAGCAAGAGAAAGCAAAGCCAAACUAAAGCAAAAGCAAAAGCAAAAAAAAAAAAACAAAUGAAGAGUGAAAGAGAUGAAGCGUUUUAUCGAAUAAACGAACGAAUGAGUAUGAACGACAAAGAAGGGAAAGAAAAAUUGGUAGAAGAUCGGCUUGUGCCGAACGCAGCUGAAAACUACUGCGAACAUAAACCGAUGAGUGAGAGAAAGCGAAUGUAUGUGUGCGAAAUAUGUGUUGAGUACGGCGGGAGAGUGAGAACGAGAGGAAAUGAGAAUGGGCGAGAGAGUAUGAGUGAACAUUUUGGCCAUUACCUACCUAUACCGAUGGUAAUUUGCACAAUCACAUUCAGAGUCGAUCAGAUAUUGGAGCGUAGCGUUUGUUAGUGCGAUUGUGAUAUUUUUUGCUUUCAAAAUAUCAAAAAGGAAGUGAACGAACCAAACGCAAAACAGUGUGGUUUAUUUUAUCAACUUCUUUUUCUUCUAUACACGAUACAUAAAAUCAAAGUAUAGGCAACGGGAUAAAACAUUUUAACCGCAAAAUUGUUGUUGGAUCAUCACGAAUAACCAACAAAAUGGAUGAUGAUCAACAGUUUUGUCUGCGGUGGAACAAUCACCAGAGCACGCUGAUCAGUGUGUUCGACACCCUUCUGGAAAAUGGUACAUUAGUUGACUGUACAUUAGCCGCCGAAGGAAAGUUUUUGAAAGCACAUAAGGUGGUUUUAUGUGCGUGUAGUCCAUACUUUGCGUCACUCCUUUCGCAACAAUACGACAAACAUCCGAUUUUUAUCCUGAAGGAUGUGAAAUUCCAAGAGCUUCGGGCCAUGAUGGACUAUAUGUAUCGUGGCGAAGUGAAUAUCUCGCAAGAUCAGCUGGCCGCACUGUUGAAAGCAGCCGAAUCGUUGCAAAUCAAAGGUCUAUCGGAUAAUCGAAGUGGAUCGUCAGCCAAGGGUGGUGACAGUGCACAACAACAACAACAACAGAAACAGCAAGUACCUGUAAGCGGUGGUGCAGCUGGUUCAGCUGCCAAAACGGGUUUGACCAUUGAACAAAACAACAAAAGACCAAAUGCGGAAUUGCCUGGAGAUCGAGAAGGUUCCACUAGUCCAUUGUCACGUAAACGAAAACGAGUUCGUCGUCGCAGCGUCGAUACAAAUAAUGCGGCCACCACCAUCGACAACCACGAUCAAAUGUCGAAUUCAUCAUCACAAUCGGCCACACAACAAGCGCAACCGAUUACAAGCACACCGUUAACGCUAUCACAAAUUACCACAGCUACCUCUGCCGCAAAUGUAUUGAACGUUACCAAAAAGACUGACAACCAUUCAAAUGACGACGAUGAUGAUGAUGACGAAGAAGAGGAAGAGGAAGAACCAACAAUCGUUCGGCACAAAACUCGUAACACAGAUGGCUCGAAUAAGGACAAGAUCGAAACGGAAUUGUUAAUUGAACCAAAAAGUGAAUACGAAGAUGGUAACGAUGAAGCCGUUGAAGAUCUAACAAUGGCUGACGAAGAUCUAAUGGACGACAUGGAACAGGCGGGACCGAGUCACGGUGGCGAAGGUUCUAGUCAAGGCUACGCUCAAUGGCAAGUGGAUCGAUCUCAGGAUGAUGUUUAUUUGGCAACACAAGAAUCAGUUGGUCAACAUCGAGAUGCUCAAGGUUCAGUUAAGAAAAAGUCAAAAGUAUCAGUGGGAUCGGUAGGAGCAGUGGCUUGCACACCGAAGACACCGAACACCACACCAGCUGCUAUAACAACGAUUACACCGACAGCGAUUUCGAUUCCAAUCGGAACGAUCCAAAGCGCAACAGUAGCAUCAGCAUCAGCAGCAGCAGCAGCGGCGACAGCGGAGGCGAAAAAGGAUGAAAUGGAUCUCGCGACCAAAGUUAAUAAUAUUGUUGUUGCAAGCAAUGCAUUGCCCCAUGUGUCAACAAUUUCAUCAGUUGCCUCCUCGUCGUCAUUAUCAUCAUCAGCAUCUCACACAUUGUCAUCGGCCAUCCUAACAUCAUCCAAUAUGACUGCUGUGGCAACAAACAACAAUCAAUCGUAUCAAUUGCUAUUCGCUACCGUGCCAAAGACAUCGCAUCCGCGCAUCAAAUACUCUGGAUUGAAAAAAAACGACGAUAUCGCACCGUUGAUUGUGGAAGCUGUGUUGCCGGCUAACGCAUCCAAUCUUUCAGCGAACACAUCCAAUAUUUUGGAUAUAUCCGGAAUAACGCCCAUCAUGACGGCACCGUUGCAACAAUUAUCCACCAUUACAAUUCCAUCCCAGAAGAAUUCACAAAUCAUCAAUAUCAGCAGCAAUGAUCUGAGUCCAGCCAUUAAAUAUGCCGACAUCGAUGAUAUUGAACUACCGGAUGGAACGAAAAUCGGUUAUCCAACCGAAAGUGAAAUAAAACGUUUGCAACAGCACCAUCCGCAACAAGAAUCGGUUAACGAUUCAUCAUCCUACACAUCAAAUUUGGCAGAGAAGUACUCAAUUUUGGCAGCGACAGCAUUGAAAAAUUUCGACAUUUCGUUGAAUGAAAGUGCAUCGCUAAGCCAAAGCAACGGUACCAUCAUUACAAGCAAUGGAUCGAUUAACGAAGUGCGUUCGAUCAUGGUAUCCGGCUCAGCGAAUGAGUCAACCGAUGGUGAUGGUGGCGAAGAACUCUUUGCUUGUCGUCAUUGCGGCAAAAAGUAUCGAUGGAAGUCUACAUUGCGACGUCAUGAAAACGACGAAUGUGGUGAUAAAGAGCCAUCACAUCAAUGUCCAUAUUGUCCAUACAAAGCCAAACAACGCGGCAACCUCGGUGUGCAUGUUCGUAAACACCAUUCGAACAUGCCGCAAUUAGAAAGCCGCCGAAAACGAAAGACUUAACUUACGAAUAACACACACACUACUUAGCGUGAAUAAUUUCGUUUUUUUUUUUUUAAAUUUAAACAAACCAAUUUUCGCUGAAUAGUCGUGAAUGCGACACACACACAUACACACAAGAUUUCGCCAUAUAACAAAGGAGGACAUAUAAAAAACAUUCGCAAAUUCUCGAAUAGCACAAAAAACUGAUCACAAUUCAAAUCAAUUCUAUUAUUUUUUUGGAUUUUCUUAUUUAUGUGAAACUAAUGAGCCAAAGUUGACACUGGAUGCUGGCAUACAAUCGCAUUGUUGCCCUUGUGUCAUUGCCGGUGCAUUGAAUUAAGUUAUAUAUACAUAUAUAUUUAACGUUUGCGUUUAAACAAAUCAACAAAAUGAAAAAAAAAAAAAAAAAACUGAACAAAAUACAAAUGCGGAAAACAAAGUGAAAUGCAAACGAAAAUCGAAAUUUAAAAGUCUGUAUAUAAAUUGCAACCAAAUUUUGAUAAAAUGAUAGAGUUUAUGAAUUUUGAGAUAGUUCAACACAAACAUAUAUAUUUUUCGAGUCAAACAAAUUUUAUUUUCUAAUCGUCGGAAAAGAAAGCAAAACGAAACGAAAACACGGGAUUGAAUUUUAUUUUUGUGAAAUUGAACAUGCAGACGCGCGUACGCAAUGGGUGACCCACCGUAUUGGUGAACUCGGCGUUAUGUCUUGCAUGCUUGCAUACGAAAGAAUGUGCUUUUUGAUCCUAACGCGCGCGCACCAACACAAAUAAACUACUACGAUUCAGUGCUUCGAAAAUAUUUGAUGUAGUUUAAGUUAGAAUUUACUGUUUUUAUACGGAAUUACAAGCAUUUUCGUUUCUUCCUUAUUAAUCGUGGAAAUCAAAGCGAUAACGAGGUGAAGCUUUUUUUUAAAAAGAAAUUUGUACAAUGAAUAAGAUCUCGUCAUCAACAACGUGCACGAGUGCCAAACCAAAAUACUGAAUGAACUUCGUACACUUCCAAGUCGUUCGUGUCAUCCGUUCUAGUUCAAGUCACGAUCGAAUUCAAGCGAGAAAAAAAAGAAUGAUUGAACGGUUGAAAAUGAGAGAUUUUUACAAAAUGGAAAUGACAUCCAAUUUUAGAUAGACAUACAAUCAACUACUUAAAAACGAAUGUCAAUCCGAUAUUUUUGUGAUCUCUAAACUAUAAACUCAAACAAGUGGUUAUCACAUCCCAAAGAUUUUAAAUUGACGAAUUUGCUUAUAAGUGCGAAUGGUUACGGCCAAACACACGCUUACAUACAAUAUACACUUACACUUAAUUAAUUAUUCACUUAUAUUUAAUUAUGGUUUGUUGAGAGAGAAAAAAAACAAUGAUUGAAAGAACAAACAUUAUAGAACGUUCUCAUCGUUUGCAUUUAAUGAUCUUAUGUUUAUCGGACUUAUCACUAUUUUAUACUAAUACACAUGGCCAUGGACUUUGAAGGAUUACGCGGAUAGACAAUUCCUUAGAAAACCCAGACAAUGAAAUUGACUGCAUUUUCAGUUAAGAUUAUCCUAAAUAUCUGACUGUGUUUGGUAUAUUUCGACUUUAUGAUUUGGCAAUUUUUGGAGUUCCAAUCAAAACGUACCGAACAGCCCGCUAUUUACAACAUUUUCGCCUUAAAAUCCAAUUAAUUUCUUUUUCUGAAACAAAUCGUAUGCCAUUCAAGACAUUUUCUGGUUCUACUUCUGACUUUAUUAUAUCACUUUAAAUUUAAAUUAGAGAUAGUUUAGAUGAGGACGGUAUAUUUGGCCGUUUGUGCAAGAUCCCGAAUAAUUUAAAAUCAAACAUGAAACUGUUUUGCAUAUCUGCAGACAAUUACAUCGAUUUACCUUGACAGUAGAUCGAUGUGCAUUGAACCGACAUUUAAAAAAGAAGAAGAACAAAAAAGGCAAUAAAUCAAUCAAGUAUCUCCCAGUUUGCUAAUGAUAGCCGUGCAUGUCGUUCCCCGCCUUCCAUAGUGUUUUUUUUCUUCGAUUAAAAAGAGGAACGACAUUCAAUUAUUUCAAUUCAAUGAAUGAUAUUAUUUUAGAGCAACACAUGUUACAAUAUAAAUUUAUUUCUAUGCGUAAUUGAGCAUUUCCUUACAAUUUAUGAUAUAUUUGUGUAUUAUGUGUGCUUCAAUUUAGUGAGAAUUUUGAUUUCUCUUUACAAUUUUAGAGCGUUUUCUUUCCUUUUUUUAAUCGAAUUAUUCAUAUUUCGAUCAAAAUUUCGGCUACAUCCAAAAGUUGACACACGAAAAGUGCCAAUCGAAGAUUUUUUUUUUUGAAAUAGUCAAAAAACGUCGAACCUCAAUUUCGUUGUCAUGAAAUCUUUUGAAUUGCCAACACAAUCAGCAGCUCAUGAAUUCUUAUGAUUUCAACAACAAAGAGAUAACAUUUAAUUUAAGAUAAUUGUAUCUUUAUUAUCCUUACUUCUAGAUUAUUAUAUUAUGUACCAAGUGACAAAUAUUUUUUGUACUUUUUCCCACCCACAUUUUGGCCAUAAACCAUUCGUAUACGUUUUUAUUUUCAUAUCAUGAAUCAACAUACAGAUUUCAUACAUGCAAAAGAUUGAGCGGUUCUUUACAUAAAUCCAUUUUAGCAGUGCAUGCGACUUCUCAUUGCUCUCCAUACAAAACUGAUAAUGCAUUUUGUUUUUUUUUUUUUGUUUCUAGUCAAGCUAAAUAAGUAAAUAACCGAAUAUCACAAAGAAAAUUCCAUGUGUCUCAUAUGAAUCGAAUCCAUUCAGGUGAAUUACACAAAUUUGGUCGAUGAAUACACAAAUACACGUCUGAAGAGAAGCCCAUGUUUCAUAAUAUUCCACACUUCUCUCGAAUCCAUUAUACGUAUUUAAAAAAAGAAGUUUGACAUCUUACCAUUUUCCAAAUCAUCCCAGAAAUUAUAAGCGUUGACGAUUGUUGAUCAUUUUAAACUAUAGAAAUAGAGUUCACCAAAUAUAAAAAAUGGGAAAAACAAGAAAAAACAAAUAAUAGAUGAAAUACAAAGAAAAAAGAAAA